CCUUCCCGUUCGCCGGGACCGCGGCGGCGUCUCCUGGGGCAACAGCAAUGGCGGCCUCCUUUGCCGAGGGGCUCUUCUCUCUGGAGCUGCUCGUAGACUGGGUGCGUCUUGAAGCCGGGCUGCCGCCGCCGCCCGUAGUCGCGGUGGGGGAGGAGCAGGAGCUGGAGGAGGAGACGCCGCCGCCGCGGCUCUCGCCCCCGCUGUGCCCCGCCGUGGCCUUCCGCCUGUUGGACUUCCCCACGCUGCUGGUUUACCCUCCCGGCGGCCCCGCCGCCCCUGCCCCGGAACCCCGGCCCGGCCUGCUCAGCUUCGGUCGCGGCAAGUCUUGUCUCUUCCGCCUGCACCCCGCCACCCUGCGCCGCGGGCUCCUCGGGACCCCGCUGUACACCUUGCUGCUGCAGCUGCACCCCGGACGCCCGACCCCUGCCCCGCAGCUUCUGGGCGCCUGCAGCAUCUCGCUGGCGGCCGUGGCCCACAAGGUCCUGGGCUCGGCCGCCUCCGGGUGCUCCCAGGGUCAUCGGGGAAGUUUCCCUCUGCAUAACCAUGUGGGGGAGCGGAUUGGGGACAUUGCCCUGUGCUACCGCCUGACUGACCUGGGAAGCAGCUUGCUGGGCCAUCUUGAGCGGCCAGUCAUUUCCACAGGAGGUGGAGUGGAGGGUGUAGAGGGAUGGGAGGCAGUAGAGAUCGCUUCCCAAGCCCCGCAGGAAAAACAGCUGCAGCAGCCAGACUCGGAGCCAAGCCCAAGAGGUGCUGAUAGGCCUCUGGUGGGUUUUAAAAUCCCAAAGGCACCGAAGAAUUUGAAGGAAAUAGUUUUCCACAGUAGGGCCAACUCUCAUAACCUGGGUUCUGUGGAGAAUGGCAAAACCAACUCUAUAUGUUCAAAUGCCAGCGGUGUGGAGAGCGUUAGACCCCCUAGUCAGGAAGUCACAGAGUUGGACGUUGAAACUAACACAUUUUGCCCUCCUCCUCUGUAUUACACUCACCUCACCCAAGAAAAGACACCUGCCCAGCGUAAAAUCACCAUUAAACCUCUAAUGCAUGCACCUGAGGAACUGGAUGGUGCUUUUCUGGAAGAAAAACUUGGAAAUACCCCAACAUAUGUUAGUCCUCUAAAACAUACAAGUUCUGCAACUCAUGAGAGUCCUCCAGUACUUAUAAAUCCUCCACAUGUUCAGGAUGUAGGAGCGAGUAAUCAAAGUACAUCUCGGCCUCAAACUGAACAAAACAGAAUUAAUACAAUAAGGCAGCUGCCUUUGUUAAAUGCAUUGUUGGUUGAAUUGUCCUUGUUAAACAACCAACCCAUGGCAAGCCCUGCUCAUAUACAUCCUCACUUAGCCUGGUUAUAUAGAACUGAGGAUAAGAAGUCACCAGAAUCUUCUGCCAGAUCCACAUGUAAAUCUGAAUAUAAGAAAAGUAAGCUUCCAAUGGAGGAAAAGGAAAAGUCAGUGAGUCUUCAGUAUAAAAAGAACCAAGUUGAAAAUCUAAAGAAAGGUAAACAUUUUGAAAAGAACAGUGAUCCCCCCAAAAGAAGAGUUCCAAGGGGGAAGCUACUCUAUGGCUUAACAAAUACACUUAAACUACGUUUAAAGCAAACAAAUCCUGAUAUGUUGAUAGUACAUGAAAAGAGAGAACAGUAUAGAAAAAUGCAAGCACAAAUGUUCAGUGCAAAAUUCAGAAUUCCAUCAUCCAAAGCUAAAGCGUUAAGCUUUGCGGAACAACAUCAGAAACCACGCCAACUGCCUAAAGAUAAGUAUUUAGAAUCAGAUGCAUCUUCUGCUGAAAGUGAUACCUCAAAGCAAAUCAGUGUUUUUGAUGAACUCAGCACAACUAAAGAAAAUAAACUGAAAUGUGCAACUGAAGAGACAGUUGACAGUGGUGAAAACAGAACCAAUAAUAGUUUAUUAGAAGAAAUGGUAACUCCUGCACAUUCCAUUAUUCCAGAAAGUUUUACUCAUACAAACAUUUUGGAAGGAAAAGUGGAAAUGAAAGUCCAGAGUCCAUUUGUUUUCAAACAGGUUGCAGUUGUUGACAGAAUUGUAGUAGAUAAAGAAAUGGAUGACAAGCAAGUCAGAAUCACUGCUAAUGAUAUUCUUGCUGCUGAUGUGAGUGAAAAUAAACCAAGUAAAAAUAGUUGCUCUGAAAGCAUCUCAGAACUAAAGUAUUCAGAUGACUUCACCAGCCCUAGCUAUUCUGAAGAUUCCUAUACUACUGAGGGCACCAGCAGAAUUUUACAAGCUCAUGAUGGAAGUCCAGAAAGUCCAAAACAUAGCCAAUAUACAAGUAAGUCUAGUGAAACAAGAUUGUCCAUAAGGAAAAAUAACAGUGAAAAGAGUUCUAUCCUUAGUCCACCUUAUUCAGCUGGAUCACCAGUACACUCACAUAAAAAAUUUCAUAUUUCGAAGACUCAAGAUAAAAGUCUGGAGGAAGCAUCUACUACCUCUACCAGUGAUUUAUCUUCGUAUUGGACAGAAGAAAAAGAAAACCAAAUAGACCAAAAUAGUGUGCAUAAUUCUGAAGCUAUAAAGAGGGGUCAAGACAUCUCGGGUAAACUUGAGACAAGAACUGGUUUCAAGUCUUUAGAAAAAAGCCAGUCAUCUCGGACAUCUCAAGUGAGUUCUUAUCUGCCAUCUAAUUUGUCAGAACUAGAACUUAAUGUCCUGGAUUGCAGUACAUCAGAUCACUUUGGAGAAGACAGUGAUGAAGUUGGUUCACUAAAUAUAUCUAAGCAAUGCAAAGAUAUUUGCGAAUUAGUAAUAAAUAAACUUCCAGGAUAUACGGUGUAAAAAUGUGGUUUUAAAAAACAUUUAAUUUUUUUAUAACUUCUGUGUACUGUUAGUGAAACAAUUUUAAUAACUGUUAUUUUUAGUACAUAAAUUAUAUGAAUAGUUCUUUGUAAGAAACAGAAGUGUCAUUUCUUUGAUUUUUAGUGUUCUGCCAGUAAAUCUGAUAGGUAUUGAUCAAGAAAUCACCUUAUAUCCUAGGUAAGAUUUAAGUUGUUUAAUCAUAUAAGAAUAAAAGUAUCUAUCUUCCUAAACUAUCUCUCUUAAAGUAUCCUAAAAUAUUGAUCAUCCUAAAGCUGACCUCAUGUACACCAUUGAAAAAAGAAGGGUGGUUAGUAAGGAUAGCCUCAGAUCUGAAUGGGAAUAAAUUAUUUAAUAAAUAUAGACUUACUGUGUGAAAUGCAGAAAGGUACAAAAAUACUUAAGAUAUAGCCUCUGCAGUUAUAAGAUCUUAUGUUUUAUUUAGAUCUGAAUUCUUUAGGGAAAUCUUUCUGGACACACAUACAUCUCAUAUCCCCAAUCGGUGAAGUCCUUUUCAUAUGCUGUCAUAGUUGCUGUAUGUACUCUGUUUGUUUUAACCACAAUUUGUGUGAUUACUUGAUUAAUGUUUAUAUUCUGUUGGGCCUAAGUUCUGUGAUGGGGGGACCAUGUCUGUUUUGCACGCCAGUAUGUUCUUGGUAUCUAACACUUAGUCUCUGGAGUAUGGUAGGGGUGCAGUAAAAGCAUUUGCUGAACAAAUUAGUGAAGGUCAUUUAUGUAAACUACCUAACAUGCAUGUUAGGAGGGAAUACAAUUAAGCAGUAAAAACAAGCAGAAACUCUAAAUAUAAGCCUGCAGAAACUCUUUAUUGAAGCUAUGGUUAUUCAACUGUAAUGUUUUUGUUUGGGUGGAUAUAAACAGUCCUCAGGUGUCCUCUGAAGUAUUUGGAGACGGGAGCUAAAAAAGGUGUCUUCUAUAUGGUUUCUUGUAUAGAAACUCAGUUUAUUGUCAUUUCAGGUUGUUUGGUAGUUAUUUUUAAUGUAUGAAAGCUUUUUAUGAAGGCUAAUGAUCAUUUGUUUUUAUUUCUUCCACUGGUUUUAUACUUAGACCUUAUUCUGUGUUCAAAUAUUUACAUAUAUUUUCUUCUAUCUGUGUUAUAUUUUAAUUUUUACACUUAACUUUUUAAUAGAUCUAACAUUUUUGGAUGUCUCAGGUAAGGCCCUAAUUUUCGUUCCUUUAUAAGUAAUUUAAUAAUUAUGCAGGCAUUACCUUUGGGCUGAUUAUACUAAUAGAAUUUAGAAAGAUGGUAAGAAGUGAGGAUGUUAUAUUUUGAGGAACAAUAUGAAUAAAAGAAUGAUCAUGAUGUAUUCAUGGGACUGAAAAUAAUAUCUUGAUUGGGAUAAUAAAAAGGAAAUUUGUUAUGAAAAGUCCCGGAAUGUAGGAAGCUUCAAAUGCCAAGCAUAAUAAUAAAGUGCUAAGCGGUAGAAACAAUAGAGUAGUUAAUGUAAUAAAUGAGCACCAGUAAGUAGUCAUGACAUUUUUAAUAUUUUAAAUGAUUGAAGUAAUUUCUAAGAGGUACAGAAAUUAUACCAGUAAAAGGUUUGAAAUAUGAAAUAUUUUUAAUGGCUAAUGGCUAUGAUCUUAACUUUCCCAUGAGUAUAAAGCAUACAGUAAAUCAUUUCACAAAAUCAAAAUAAUUCUAUGCUAGGUACUAUAGCUAGAUACUCAAAUGACAUUCACCUUGAUGUGUAAAUUAGUAGCAAAUUUUCAUUACUAUGGAAGAGACAAACAUAUAAGCAAUUAUAUCAGAUUCAUCAGAUAAAUAAUUCCUUAAAAAUCAACUGUUUUAUUUGAUUGAGACUAAGUCAUUGUCUAAGAUGAGAAUAGGUGAGGAAAAUGACGAAUUCAGUGUGUCGAAGGUACAGCAGAAACUAAAGAACCGAUGUCCUUUAGACAACAAAACUGGGUAGCUGAAUAAACUUCACUUUUGAGUUAUUCCAUAAAUACUCAUUUCUAGAAUUAUGGUGUUAGUUUUUCUAGUUUAAUUCUAGGGAAAAUACUUGCUUUCCUGUAUGUAUUUAGUACUUCCUAUUUUCAUCCUGUCUGCAAAUUUUACUGCAUUUUAAUUCUAUAACCUAUAAAGUUAGUUUUUAAAGACUAUCAUAAUAGCUAUUACUCCCAAAGCCUUAUUUUCUCCUCAAUUGCUUAAAAUCAUUGAAACAUGAAAUAGUAUUUCAGGAUCACAAAUAAGGGCUACCUGUCAUUUAAUUGUAAAACUAAGGUACUGUAAUCCAGCUUUUUCUAAAUAGCAUAGGUGCCUAAACUGCUGUGGGAAAAAUUAAAAGGGAGAGGGUGUAAGAAGCAAAGUGAGCCAUGGAAAUGAUGUCAGGACCUACCUCUGUGUAGUAUUAAUACUUGCAGCUCAGGAGGCAGCUUUCAAUGAUGAUAAGUGCUUUGAAUUCUCACCAUGAGCAGAUUUGACUGUGCAGAUGCAUACAAUAUGUUUUUCCCCUCCAUCCAUGCUGUUGGUAUCUUCAGCUACAAAGGACAAUGAUACUGAAUUGUACACUUCUUAUGGCUUUCUGUUGAGAGCCACUCCUUCACGUUUUUCACAUUUCAGUUAAUUGAUAUUUUCCUGCCUGUACAAGCAGUGCAUUUAUUAUGGAAUUAAACUUAGGAACCAAACUUUUAUUUGUUGCAAAGAUAUAGGUCAAGACUAUAAGUGAAAAACCAAUGUUUUAAUUACCAGAUUGUGUUGUUGAUAAGGCAAAGAAAUUUCAUAACAAAGAAAGCAGUAUAUAAAUAAGAUAAUAUUUAUAUUCGUCCAGUCAUAAACUUCCCUUGGGCCUAGAGAUAUAGUCACCCUUCAGGCUAUUUAUGUUUCAGUUUGGAUUAAACUAUCUAGAGAGUUGUACAGAAUGACAGUUUAUAAGCUGAGACUUGCUGUAUCCUUCUCAUUUUUUAAUCUAAAACAAUACAAGGAAAACUUACUGGUCAAGGACCAAGGCCUUGUACUAUUUUUUCUCCAGAGAUCUAACUCAUGGCAGGAAAUAACGGAGUUAAGGAUGAGCAUCAGUAGGUUGGCAUGCCAAACCAUAGUCUAGAAGUAUUUCCUUGUUUCCCCAACACUUCUUAUAUCUCUGUUAUACUAAUAAUAUUAAUUCUAGAAAAAAAUAGAACUUUGAUAAGAGUUUUUGCUUUAAAAUUGUUUAUGAAGGAACGGUUAUAGUCCUUUCCUUCCAAAAUCCCACUGAAAUGACAGAAGAGAUGUAAAAAUAAGAGUGAGCCCAUCCGUAACUAAGACUGAACACAGCACCUUGAGCUCAGAAGCCACGAGCUGCCGACGGGAAGCCAGA